UACCACUCAGUUGGUUGUUGGAGCUUGUGCAAAGUCGCGGUAAAAUCGAUUCGAAAUUCAUCGCAUACCUCUACCACCCGUAUGGAGUGUGCUUUCCUCCUCUUCUAUCUAAUAUCUCCACCAACACUAUCAAUGGUUCUUUGGCACCCACUCCAUUCAGUGAUCCAGUAUCUGUUUGAUUCUUCAACCAUACGCUUCUUCGCGUUGUCAAUUGAUUAAAAAGCUCACUCCCCUAAUACUUCAGUCAAUUAUUUUCCAAAAUAAUGAUAUAAACAAUAAUAAUAAUUUAUAAUAAAACAGUUUUCGUAGACAAUAUAUAAAUUACAAUAAUAUUAUUUAUUAAUAAUAAAUUAAAAAAUAUUAUGCGACAUUAAGAAACGUUGGAAAAACAUUAAUGGGUCGUAAAAAGUGGUGGAAAGGGGGCAGUAGCCUUUUAUUAUUGAUAUUUAUUUUUAUAAACAAUCAGGUGGUCCAUAGUGAUGGUGAAAUAGGAUGUUUAUUCGACCGAAAUGUUUGUACAUCAAUUGAAGAAAUCUGUUUUGAUGAUACUGCAUUUGGUAGAUGUAUUUCAUCAACUGAUGACAGUGAUGAAAGUACCUAUCAGUAUGAUUUAGAUCCAAGAAAGUUAGAAUUAUUAAGAAAACAAUUGGAAAAACUAGUAGCUGAAAAAUAUGAGUGGUCUCAUCCGUACACUCAGUGUGUAAUGCAAGAAGCGCUAUACAGCAUUCAUAAUGACGUAAAUUAUGAUAUAAAUAUAUGUCAAAAAUUAAAAAAUUUCAAAUUAAAUCCACUAGUCGGUUCGAUUAAUGAACCUGAAGAUGAAGAUACUUUGCCUCUAGCUGUCGUUAAUUUUAUGCCUACCCGAGGUCAUGGUUAUGGAAAUUUCGCGAACGAAAUGUACCACCCUCCUCUAUUAUCACCGCUUGAUGAGCAGUAUCCGCAAAAUACUGAAGAUUAUCCUUAUCUGGUGAUUGAAGACCAGAAACCGGAGCAUCAUCUAACUUUAAACUUUGAAAACAAUAAUAAUAAUCAAAAUAAUGAUGAUGAUGAUGAUGCACCGUUAAUCUUUAAGCCUGAUAAAUUGAAUGAAAUAAAUAGAUACAAUAAUGAAGAUCUUUAUGGGAUUUCAAAAAAGUUAGAUGAAUUAGAACGCCAGCGCCAAAUUGAUGAAGCCAAAGAAACAACAAUAUUUAGAUCACGACGUCAACCACAUGGUGAAAGUCCACGUAGUUUAGGAGCUGAAUUGACUGAUUAUUUAGAAUAUUUGAAAGAUUCUACCGAUAAAUAUGAAGAUUUAGAUGAUACAGUUAUUGAGGAUGAAGAAGAAGAUAGAAAUAAAGAUAAAGGAAAUUCUUGGUUUGAUAUUAAUUUACCGAGAAAGUUUAAUAAAGAAAGACUCGAUAAGUCAACACUCAAAGAUCUUGCAAGGAUGGAAUUUCUUAAAAAUGAUAGAGCAUGGGAUGGACUAAGAGAUAACGAAAAUACAAAUGAGAAAAAACAAGAUGAAAAAGAACAUGAAGAUCCUGAAGAAACAUUAAGUAAAAAACAAGUUGUAAAAUUAUUAGAAACCGAUGAAAUUCCGGAACGAAUUAAAAGUGAAAUUUUUACUGAAGAAGAUCUCGAUCAACCAUCAAAUUUUCGUGAUAUUUAUGUCGAAGAGUCAGAUAAUAUUAAUAUUGAUGAUCUUCCGACAUUAAUAUGGAACAGAGAACUAUCCGGCUUUAAAAGGCCUGAAAGACUUGAUGUUAAGAAACCUGGACCUUAUUUUUCAACGAACAAUUAUGCUUUUAAAACACAGACACCUACGUCAAUUGAGGACAAUGAUUUACACGAAAAUGAGGAAGACUUAAGAGCACCUUUAGUGAAAAAAGAAUUGAUUGCUGGAAAAGAUAUAACUCGAUUAUCGUUAGACAAAGAUACAUCAACAAAUUACGACAACGUUGAUAUGGAUCAUGUUUAUAUUCAAUUUAAAGAAGAGUUUCACAAGUGGGCAGAAGGAAAUAAAAUUGUUAAAAAAAUUGAAGAAUUGCUUGGAUUAGAUUCUGGUACAUUUUCAAAUCCUAGAGUUGGAAGAGCUGAAGUUACUUUUAGAGUAUUCAAAAACUCUCAUAAUAUGGAUGCUAUGAAAGUAGUAUCACAACUUGAUAAUAUUCGAGGUACAUUACGAGAAACUAUGAAUGUAAAUAUAAUAAGAGCUGGAAUCGGUGAUAAAGCAAAACUUCCGCCAAUGCUAGAAGUGACAAAUUCUGAAUAUUCAAUAAGUUCAAUGUUAUUCGCUGGGUUAGUUGUCGCGGGGGUUACAGCAGCAGCUGCUGCAGCAAUAAUAACUUUAAUAAUAGCACGUCGACAUGCUAAGACGAGAGCUAAGUUAGCAGGACUUGUAACUCCAGAUCCUGAAGCUUCGAAUGAUUAUCAAGAAUUAUGCCGAGCGAGAAUGCACGCUAAACAACCAGCUGAAAAAGUUGAAGUACCACGUGUUGCUAAAUUAUCGAAAGAAAGUCAGUCAAAUCGAUCUAGUACUUCUUCUUGGGGAGGUGAAGAAGCCGCUUCACUUUCUAACAUGGACAUAUCUACUGGACACAUGGUUUUGUCGUAUAUGGAAGAUCAUUUAAAUAACAAAGACCGAUUGGACCAAGAAUGGGCAGCUAUUUGUGCUUAUAAACCUGAUCCAUGUUCAACAGCGGUUGCGGAUAAUAAAUCUAAUGCUAAUCGUAAUCGUUCUGGUUCAGUACAUCCUUAUGACCUCUCAAGAGUUAUCCUUAAUGACCUCACUAAUAUUAGUAACUCUGAUUAUAUUAAUGCAUCAACUAUUACACCGACUGACCAUGAUCCAAGAAAUCCGGCUUACAUAGCAACUCAAGGACCAUUACCACAGACGUCAGCAGAUUUCUGGCAAUUAGUUUGGGAGCAAGGAAGUGUUGUAAUUGUUAUGCUAACUCGUUUAACUGAAGAAGGACGUGCUAUGUGUCACAGAUAUUGGCCAGAAGAAGGCUCUGAGCUUUACCAUAUUUACGAAGUUCAUCUUGUCUCCGAGCACAUUUGGUGUGAUGAUUAUUUGGUUCGUUCAUUCUACUUAAAGAAUUUACGUACAGGAGAAACAAGAACCGUAACACAAUUUCACUUCCUUUCGUGGCCUGAAAAUGGUAUUCCACAGUCGACUAAAUCACUUUUAGAAUUUCGCAGAAAAGUUAAUAAAUCCUAUCGCGGCAGAUCUUGUCCAAUUCUUGUUCAUUGCAGUGAUGGAGCAGGAAGAACGGGUACUUAUUGUCUUAUUGACAUGGUACUCAAUAGAAUGGCUAAAGGUACCAAAGAAAUAGACAUCGCUGCUGCACUUGAGCAUAUCAGAGACCAAAGACCAGGAAUGGUAGCAACUAAACAACAAUUUGAAUUUGUACUUGUCGCUGUUGCUGAAGAAGUACAUGCAAUAUUAAAAGCAUUACCUGUUCAAACAAUAGACAAACCGACUGAUAAAACAAAUGAUUCAUCACCACCGACAACUGGCACUUCAACUAAUACAUCUGGACAAUGAAGUAAUAUUUUAAACUAAUAUAUAUAUAUAUAUAUAUAUAUAUAUAUAUAUAUAUAU